AGGAAUUGAUGCGCUUACAAUUGGCGGGUCAUUAUGCUGCUCCACCUGUGUAGUGUUAAGAAUCUGUACCAAAACAGGUUCCUGGGCCUGGCUGCCAUGGCAUCUCCAUCUAGGAACUCACAAAACCGGCGCCGGUGCAAAGAACCUCUCAGAUACAGCUACAACCCUGACCAGUUUCAUAACAUGGACAUCAGAAACAGCUCCCACGAGACGGUAACCAUUCCACGGUCCACCAGUGAUACAGACCUAGUCACUUCAGAUAGCCGUUCCACUCUCAUGGUCAGCAGCUCAUAUUAUUCCAUAGGACACUCGCAAGACCUAGUAAUCUAUUGGGAUAUAAAGGAAGAAGUUGACGCAGGGGACUGGAUUGGCAUGUAUCUCAUUGAUGAGGUCUUGUCUGAAAAUUUUCUGGACUACAAGAACCGUGGGGUCAAUGGUUCUCAUCGGGGUCAGAUUAUCUGGAAGAUUGAUGCCAGUUCUUACUUUGUAGAGCCUGAAACAAAGAUCUGCUUCAAAUACUACCAUGGGGUGAGUGGGGCACUACGGGCUACAACCCCCAGUGUCACAGUGAAAAACAGCUCUGCUCCCAUUUUUAAAAGCAUCACCCAUGAAGAUUCAACCCAGGGACAAGGAAGUCGGAGACUGAUCAGUUUUUCAUUGUCAGACUUCCAAGCUUUUGGUUUGAAGAAGGGGAUGUUCUUCAAUCCAGACCCUUACCUGAAGAUCUCUAUCCAGCCUGGAAAGCACAGCAUCUUCCCUGCUCUUCCGCACCAUGGACAGGAGAAGAGAUCAAAGAUCAUGUGUAAUACCGUCAAUCCAAUAUGGCAAGGAGAGCAGUUCACAUUUGUUUCCCUUCCCACGGAUGUUCUGGAAAUAGAAGUUAAGGACAAAUUUGCAAAGAGCCGACCAAUCAUUAAACGCUUCUUGGGGAAACUGUCCAUGCCAGUGCAACGCCUGCUGGAGAGACAUGCUAUAGGGGACAGGGUUGUAAGCUAUACUCUGGGCCGCAGGCUUCCUACAGAUCAUGUCAGCGGCCAGCUGCAGUUCCGAUUUGAGAUCACUUCUUCUAUCCAUCCAGAUGAUGAAGAGGUCUCCAUCAGUGCGGAUCCUGAGCCAGCUGACGUGCAGGAAAGCCCUAUGAACAACACCCCAGAGGAAAGCCUCGGUGAGCCUCCAUGCACCAGCACAGUGACCUCAGAAAGUGCAGCUCCAGAGCAGCUAAAUGGAUGCAAUGUGAACAGUGUCAAUGUCGAUAGCCCUGGGGCUGUCAGAUCACCUUGGGAAGUCAACCAUGACAGCUUAAAUGAAGAGCUAGCAGGAAAUGGGGAGGUUGAUGCCGUGCCAGCAGAUGCUACUGAGCCUUUGGAAUCCAUCCCAGGAGAAGUGCUGCCUUCCCUGAGUGCCAUGGACCUCACUGAGCAAUUGGCUCUGAUGGCUUGCACUUCUCCUCCUGAGACUGAAGUUAGGGAAAAUAACGAAAUCAAUUCUGUUACUCAGGGAGAUGAUGAAAUCUUAGAAGCCCUAGAUAUCGAGGAGGUGAGUGCAGAUGUUCAAGCUGUCAAGGACGUAGAGAAGAGUCAGGAUGAGGAAGGGGCUGCAGCCCAGGAGGAGGAAGACAACAAGCUGCAGUUAAGAACCACAAUGAAGAGGAAAAAUCGGCCGUGCUCCCUGCCUGUUUCUGAACUUGAAACCGUGAUUGCUUCAGCUUGCGGUGAGCCAGAAACCCCUCGUACGCACUACAUCCGGAUCCACAAUCUGCUCCACAGUCUUCCCUCAGCACAGAUGAGCAGUGAUGGGGAGGAGGAGCAGGGUGGCGGGGGUGAGAAUGAUGAAGAGUCGACAGUCAAGGACGUAUCAGAGAAAGAUGUGGUGAGUGAGACUGAGACGGUGGCAGCGGACCCCCCUCCUGAAAAUGAAGCGGAAGGAAAUUUCAGCCGGGGCACCAUGCCCCGCAGCACCUCCGUUGAACACCUCUCAGAUUUAAAUGGACAGCUACUGGAUGGGGAACAUAUCAGGACAGAGAGUGAGAGUGAAUUGAGUCCCCGGCUGAAUGGGGACCACGAGUGUGAUACGUGCGACACCUCCUGCUACAGUCCAUCCUGCUACAGCACCUCAUGUUACAGCACUUCCUGUUACAGCACCUCAUGUUACAGCACUUCCUGUUACGACAGUAACAAUCGCUUUUCCAGCCAUACCCGUUUCUCUUCUGUUGACAGCGCAAAGAUUUCUGAGAGCACGGUCUUUUCCUCGCAGGAUGAUGAGGAAGAGGAAAACAGUGCUUUUGAGUCAGUGCCAGAUUCAGUGCAAAGCCCUGAACUGGAAAGGGAGCAAGUGGAUGGCUCCGCCCAGUGGCCAGAUGAACUCCUAGCUCAUGGUGGAAAUCCACAAAGAGGCACAGAAAACCUAGACACCCCAGUAGCAGGUCCAAGCAGCAGAAGAGAAGGUGAUUGUCCUUUACUCCAUAAUUCUCAGCCAGUCAGCCAGCUUCCUUCCCUGAGGCCUGAUCACCAUCACUAUCCAACUAUCGAUGAGCCUCUUCCACCAAACUGGGAAGCUCGAAUAGACAGCCAUGGAAGGGUAUUCUAUGUAGAUCACGUUAAUCGAACCACAACAUGGCAGCGUCCCACUGCAGCAGCCACUCCAGAUGGAAUACACAGAUCUGGUUCAGUCCAGCAAAUGGAGCAGCUAAAUCGGCGGUACCAAAACAUUCAGCGAACUAUUGCGACAGAAAGGACAGAAGAUGAUGCUGUCACCAACAACAGGGUGGAAAGGCUCCCCACUGGAGGAGGAAGUGAUUCUGAGGCAGAACCAUCCCAGCCAACAGAAAUUAGGCGAGAAGGAUCCCUUUCUCCAGUGAAUUCUCAAAAAAUCACCUUGCUCCUGCAGUCUCCAGCUGUGAAGUUCAUUACCAACCCUGAAUUUUUCACUGUGUUGCAUGCAAACUAUAGUGCCUAUCGUGUCUUCACCAAUAGCACCUGCUUGAAGCACAUGAUUCUGAAGAUCCGUAGAGAUGCGCGGAAUUUUGAGCGCUAUCAGCACAACAGGGACCUGGUAAAUUUUAUCAACAUGUUUGCUGAUACCCGACUAGAACUUCCACGGGGCUGGGAGAUCAAAACCGACCAGCAGGGUAAGUCCUUCUUCGUUGACCACAACAGCCGUGCCACCACAUUCAUCGAUCCCAGGAUCCCACUUCAAAAUGGCCGUCUUCCUAAUCAUCUGACUCACAGGCAACAUCUCCAGCGACUCCGCAGCUACAGUGCUGGAGAGGCCUCAGAAGUUUCCCGAAAUAGGGGAGUUUCUCUGCUGACCAGGCCAGGGAACAGCCUUGUAACAGCUAUUCGAAACCAGCACCACCAUGAAGCAUUGCCUCUGGCUUACAACGAUAAGAUUGUUGCAUUUCUUCGCCAGCCAAAUAUUUUUGAGAUGCUGCAGGAGCGUCAACCAAGCUUGGCCAGGAACCACGCACUCAGGGAGAAGAUCCAUUACAUUCGGACAGAGGGUACACACGGGCUCGAAAAGUUGUCCUGUGAUGCAGAUUUAGUAAUUCUACUGAGCCUCUUUGAAGAGGAUAUUAUGUCCUACAUACCCCUGCAGGCUGCCUUCCAUCCUGGGUACAGCUUCUCUCCACGCUGUUCACCUUGUUCGUCACCUCAAAACUCUCCAGGGUUACAGAGAGCAAGUGCAAGAGCACCCUCUCCAUAUAGGAGGGACUUCGAAGCCAAGCUGCGCAAUUUCUAUCGAAAACUUGAAGCCAAAGGUUUUGGGCAAGGUCCUGGGAAAAUUAAGUUAAUUAUACGGCGUGACCAUUUGCUGGAAGGCACCUUCAAUCAGGUGAUGGCCUAUUCGCGGAAGGAGCUUCAACGGAACAAACUCUACGUCACAUUUGUUGGGGAGGAAGGCUUGGACUACAGUGGCCCCUCUCGAGAAUUCUUCUUCCUUCUGUCUCAGGAGCUCUUCAAUCCUUACUACGGCCUGUUUGAAUAUUCAGCCAACGACACUUACACUGUUCAGAUCAGCCCCAUGUCUGCAUUUGUGGAAAACCACCUUGAAUGGUUCAGGUUCAGUGGUCGGAUCCUUGGCCUCGCUCUCAUUCAUCAGUACCUUCUCGAUGCUUUCUUCACAAGGCCGUUCUACAAAGCACUGCUGAGGUUGCCAUGUGAUUUAAGUGACUUAGAAUACUUGGAUGAGGAGUUCCACCAGAGCUUACAGUGGAUGAAGGACAACAUCAUCACAGAUAUCCUGGAUCUUACUUUUACAGUGAAUGAGGAGGUGUUUGGACAG